GAGCUACUGGCCGUUGUUUCUGGCAAUGUCCUGAGCUGAACGCUGCCACACAAGGAUAUAGUAAUCAGAAUCAUGGCUGUAGCUGGCAAACUAGCCCUGGGGUUGACCCUGGGGAUGGUGGUGGUUCAGGUGAUACAAGGAAGCUUCUUUGAUGUGGAAUUCCCGAAUGUAUUCAUCCAAGCGGAGCCCAAAGGGAACCUUACCCUUGAGGCUGGGGUUGGCGGAAACGUAGUUCUUCUUCCGGGAAACAACAACAGUGGCACCGUAUUUAUACAGAAUAUGGAUCUCCGGGAGCUGGUUGACCGAGUAAAAAGUCUACCUCCUGUGUGGAUCACUAAAGAAGAACACGAUCUACUUGGUACCUUUCUGGCCGGAUUGCUCAUCUCAGUCUACGUGCAUGCCGAGGACCCUGAGGGUGGCGAUCUCAUCUACUCGGUAGUGUCCGGGGAUCUCCCGCCUGGCAUCUUGCUCGACCCAAAAACCGGCCAUAUUUAUGGGACAGCUCCAGAUGAAGACGCCACCUAUAUAUUUGGUAUCCGAGCCACCGACCAUCAUGGCAAAUUUGCUGAUGGCAUAUUCAGACUCGAAGUCCGGGAAUACAAUCAGUGCAACAAAAAACCCUGCCAGCAUGGCGGAAGUUGUACCGACCUGUCUAAUGGUUACGCCUGUAGCUGUAUAGAUGGCUAUGGAGGAGAACGUUGUGAAUUCGAUUGUGUUAACCAUCCUCUUGGUGUGAAUGCAAAAGACAAGCUUAUACCCGACGCUCAGAUGUCUGCUUACCUGUCCGAAGGUACCUACGCCGCGUCGAACGGCCGUCUUAACGCCUCAGGGGGCUGGGUCGGCACCGGGAAGGGGUCCUGGCUACAGGUUGAUCUUGGAGAACGAACAGAAGUGUACGCUGUUGCUGCGCAAGGUUACCAGUCACAAUCCUACUACAUCGCCUCAUACGAGCUUCAGACAAGUGAGGACGGUAACAUCUUCAGCUAUAUCACCGAGACGUCCGGUUACAAAAAGGUUUUUGGCGGAAGUCAGCACUACGAUUCCAUCAUAAAGCAUCGGCUGGAUUUCCCUGUUGUGGCACGCUUUGUGAGAUUUCUACCUCUAACAUGGAAGAGCAAUCCAGGAAUGCGAGUGGAAGUCUAUGGUUGCAAGGUGUGAAUGGCACAGACGUCCUGACGAUGAGCCCCAGCCACAUCUUCUGUUCUCAUAUUCUUACUAACAAUAUUCAACGUGUAACCUAACAUUUAAACAAAACAAUAAUGAACACCGCUCAACAGUCAACAUAUUUUAGACUUUGCGUACAACAAUCGUUGUUUUUGGUUUUGUCAAAUUUGAUCGAGAAUAAAUUAUCAAUGCCUGAC